AUGACCAGUGAUAAUUUUCUUAUAUUGCCUGGGCCCAAGGCAUUGUCAGACUUUAGAGUAAAGAACUUGGUGAAGGAAGUAGAGGAGAAGCUUGGGAAAUUCAAUAUAUUCUCUGAGGUAUCUUCGUGCUAUACUCAUUACAUUGCGUUGAAGAAGUCCCUCAGUGAAGAACAGCUUGAUUUAUUAAAGAUUUUGUUGACAUAUGACUCUCCAACCGAUGAUACUCCAUUUGCGAAGAAGUUGGAAGCCUUAUCAUCCAUAAGUGGUGAUGAAAACACUUCGAAUAUUGAGAUUGGGACAGGCAAUUACCUUAUUAGAAUACUUCCAAGGUCGGGAACUAUUUCGCCUUGGUCAUCAAAGGCAACAGAUAUUGCUAUCACUUGCGGAUUGGCAGACUCAGUAGAAAGGAUUGAACGUGGAUUGUCUUUAUUAAUAUCUACGAAGUCCCCCGUCGAAGGUUUAGAAAAUGGCGAGUUGUUGACUUCAGUUUAUGAUAGGAUGACUCAGUCAUUAUAUUUCGACAAAAAUGCACCAAAGCAUGAUGACUUGUUUGCUCACCACUCCCCAAAGCCUUUAGUAGAGGUUGAUUUGAUUUCUGAUAAAAAUAACUUAUUGAAGGCGAACAAGGAUUUGGGGUUGGCGUUGGAUAAAGGUGAAAUAGAAUAUCUUGUUAAUGCUUUCACCGAAGUUCUCGGUAGGAAUCCUACUGACGUUGAACUCUUUAUGUUUGCCCAAGUUAACUCAGAACAUUGUAGACAUAAAAUAUUUAAUGCAGAUUGGACUAUCGAUGGAGUUAAGAAGGACUUAUCUCUUUUUAAGAUGAUCAGAAAUACUCACGAGAAAAAUCCCCAAUACACUGUUUCAGCUUAUUCAGAUAAUGCAGCAGUAUUUGAAGGGGCUGAUGGGUUUUUAUUCACUCCUGAUUUCAGUACCAAACAAUGGAAAUCCAUCCGUGAAAAAGUUCAAACUUUAGUUAAAGUGGAAACUCAUAAUCAUCCCACUGCUGUUUCUCCCUUUGCUGGUGCAGCAACUGGAUCCGGUGGUGAGAUUAGAGAUGAGGCUGCUGUUGGUAGGGGCUCUAAGACUAAAGCUGGAUUGUCAGGAUUUACUGUUUCAGAUUUGAACAUACCUUCUUUAAAACAAAAAUGGGAGCUCGAUAUUGGAAAGCCUAAUCAUAUUGCCAGUUCUUUGGAUAUCAUGAAACAAGCUCCAAUAGGAUCUGCAGCUUUCAACAAUGAAUUUGGAAGACCUGCAAUCAAUGGCUACUUCAGGACUUUAACCACUGAAGUAGAAAACCAUACCGGAGAGAAAGAAUACAGAGGUUAUCACAAGCCAAUUAUGUUGGCUGGUGGACUUGGUGCAAUAAGACCAGAUCUUGCUUUAAAGGACACUAAAAUCAAUCCAGGAUCAAAGCUUAUCGUGUUAGGAGGUCAAUGUAUGCUAAUUGGAUUAGGUGGUGGUGCAGCUUCUUCUUUAUCGUCUGGUGAAGGAUCUGCUGAUUUGGACUUUGCAUCCGUUCAAAGAGGUAAUCCAGAAAUGCAAAGAAGAGCACAACAAGUUAUAGACACCUGUGUUUCUUUAGGAAAAGCUGGUAAUCCAAUACAGUCGAUACAUGACGUUGGCGCUGGAGGAUUAUCUAAUGCAUUACCCGAAUUAGUACAUGACAAUGAUUUAGGUGCUACUUUCGAAUUAAGGUCUAUUUUAUCUCUUGAACCCGGUAUGUCACCAAUGGAAAUUUGGUGUAACGAAUCGCAAGAGCGAUACGUCUUAGGCGUGGCUCCAGAAGACUUACUGUUAUUUACUGAUAUUUGCGACAGAGAGAGGGCACCAUAUGCCGUCGUUGGUGAAGCUACUGAAGAAAAGCGUUUAAUACUUAGGGAUUCCUUAUUGAAAUCGACUCCCAUUGAUUUGAAUAUGUCGGUAUUAUUUGGGAAGCCGCCAAAAAUGUCAAGGAUUGCAGAGACGCAACCAUUAAACUUGAAAGCUUUCAAAAAACCCAAACUUGAUAUUGCCGAGUCAAUUGAAAGAGUCUUGCAAAUACCUGCCGUAGGUUCAAAGAGUUUUUUGAUAACUAUAGGUGACAGAUUUGUUACGGGAUUGGUUGAUAGAGAUCAGAUGGUAGGUCCCUGGCAAACGCCAGUAGCGGAUGUUGGCGUCACUGCCACAUCUUUAGGUGACAAUGUUCUCUCUACCGGAGAAGCUUUGGCAAUGGGAGAAAAACCCACUUUAGCGUUAAUUUCAGCUUCUGCAUCAGCUAAGAUGUGCGUGGCUGAAUCUUUACUCAAUAUUUUUGCCGCAGACGUGCCAUCAGUUGAUAAAAUCAAAUUGUCUGCUAACUGGAUGUCUGCAGCUUCUCAUAGUGGCGAGGGAUCAAAGCUUUAUGAAGCGGUACAGGCAAUAGGGUUAGACUUAUGCCCAGAUUUGGGAAUUUCUAUUCCUGUGGGAAAAGAUUCCAUGUCUAUGAAGAUGAAAUGGGAUGAUAAAGAAAUCACAGCUCCUCUAUCACUAGUGAUCACAGCUUUUGCUCCUGUUGAUAAUACUUCGAAGACUUGGACUCCACAGAUACAGAAAGUUAAUGAAGACACAAUUCUUGUGUUGAUAGAUCUAGCUGCAAAGGUUGAUAAAAGCUUAGGAGGCUCUUCAUUAGCCCAGGCUUAUAACGAAGUAGGCGACUCUUCACCGACAGUUCAUUCUCACAAGAUAUUUAAGGCCUUCUUGGAAUCUUUAAUUGAUUUGCACAAAGGUUUUAAUGUGCUAGCUUAUCAUGAUCGAUCAGAUGGCGGUCUUUUGGCCACCGUGCUUGAAAUGGCAUUUGCUGGAAGGUGUGGAUUAGAUAUCAAUAUUUCAGGGGAAGAUGCUAUUACGGAAUUGUUCAACGAGGAGCUUGGAGCAGUUUUCCAAAUUAAAUCGUCUGAUCUUGAAUCUUUCUCGAGAAUAUUCGAAGAAAAUGGUGUUUCAAAUGAUUUUAUUAGCGUAAUUGGUAAGCCUAACUUCUCUGAACAGUCAAUAUCAAUCAGCUUUGCAGGAACAAAACUUUACGAAAACUCCCGGAGUAAAUUACAGCAAUUGUGGUCCAACACUUCGCACCAUAUACAGAGAUUAAGAGAUAAUCCUGAAACAUCGGAACAAGAAUUUUUGGCUUUGAAAGAUGACAGUGAUCCAGGCAUCUCCUAUAAGUUAUCAUAUAAUGUUUCUGAUGACCUUGGUAUAAGUAAAUAUAAAGGUAAACCAAAAGUUGCAAUUUUAAGAGAGCAAGGUGUUAAUUCACAGCAGGAGAUGGCAUGGUGCUUUCAGCAGGCAGGAUUUGAUGUGUACGAUGUCCACAUGUCAGAUAUUCUCAGUGGGAGGAUUAGCUUGGAUGAUUUUGUCGGAUUAGCAGCAUGCGGUGGAUUUUCAUACGGUGACGUUUUGGGCGCAGGUGCUGGUUGGGCCAAGUCAGUCUUAUUUCACGAGAAAGCACGUAAGGAAUUUAAGAAAUUCUUUCAAGACAGACAAGAUACUUUUGCAUUUGGUGCUUGUAAUGGUUGCCAGUUCUUCAGUAGAAUAGCUGAAUUAAUUCCUGGUACCGAACAUUGGCCAACGUUUGAAAGGAAUUUGUCGGAACAAUAUGAGGCUAGGUUUGUUAUGGUAGAAGUGACUCAAGAGGCCAAUGAUUCAGUAUUUUUGAGUGGCAUGAAGGGAUCAAAACUUCCAAUUGCUGUUGCUCAUGGAGAAGGAAGAGCAUCUUUCAAAUCCAAAGAACAGGAGCAUGAAUUUCUUAAGAGUGAUUUGACGGCCAUCAGGUAUGUUGAUAAUUACUACAAGCGUACUGAAACAUAUCCUUUUAAUCCUAAUGGUUCUCCUCAUGGAAUUGCUGGUAUAUCUGGUAACAAUGGUAGAGUUUUAGCUAUGAUGCCUCAUCCAGAAAGAGUGUGUAGAAAGGAAGCUAACUCUUGGUAUCCUACUGAACAAGGAGAAAACUGGGGUGACUAUGGACCUUGGAUCAGGUUGUUCAGAUCUGCGAGAAAGUGGGUCGAGAUUAGAUCCUGA